GAGGACCGCUGACUACCGAGCAGCCGACAGCAGACCAGACCACAUCAAAAUGAGCUCGUCAGUGACGGUGUUAAAUAGAAAGGUAAAUUAUGCGGAAGCUUUGAAGUGCCUUCCCGCCCUACAGUGACACUUUUCUGUCGCGCGAAUGUUUUAAAGUUGUCGCUCAUUCGGUCGGUCGUGUCCCCGUUAGUGCGUUGCUGUUUCUUCAACUUUUCUCCUGGACGUUUGACAACUAACUAACGUUAACUAACUAACUUACUGACGUUAAAACGACGCCAUGAUCCCCGAAUGUCCACGCGCCGGGGAUUCGAGGAGCCGGACCGGCCUCCAGCACAGUCCGGCUGCGGAACCGACCCGUGGCUGCGGAAUCAGCGGCUUGUUGUCCGAGAUCCAGACCAGCAUCAGCAGCGAGCCUUUCAGCGACCACUACACCAUCAUCCCCGGCAAAGAGCUCGGAAGGGGCAAGUUUGCCGUGGUCAGAAAGUGUGUGGAGAAAUGCUCGGGCCACGAGUACGCCGCCAAGUUCAUGAGGAAGAGACGGAAAGGCCAAGACUGCCGGAUGGAGAUCAUCCACGAGAUCGCAGUGCUGGAGCUGGCCACAGCCAGCCCUCGGGUGGUCAACCUCCACCAGGUCUAUGAGAUGGCUUCUGAGAUGGUGCUGGUCCUGGAGUUUGCUGCUGGAGGUGAGAUCUUCAACCAGUGCGUGUCAGAUGAGGAAGACGAGGCCUUCAGCGAGGAGGACGUGAAGAGGCUCAUGAGGCAGAUCCUGGAGGGCGUGUCCUUCCUCCACCAGAACAACGUAGUCCACCUGGACCUGAAGCCUCAGAACGUCCUGCUGACCAGCAGCUCUCCUCUGGGGGACAUCAAGAUCGUGGACUUUGGUCUGUCCAGGAUGGUCAGCAGCCACCAGGAGCUCAGGGAGAUCAUGGGGACUCCGGAGUACGUCGCUCCUGAGAUUCUAAAUUAUGAGCCCAUAAGCACAGCAACAGAUAUGUGGAGUGCUGGUGUUCUGGCCUACGUGAUGCUGACGGGAAUCUCUCCGUUCCUGGGCGAGAACAAGCAGGAGACCUUUCUCAACAUCUCCCAGCUCAACGUGAGCUACAGCGAGGAGGAGCUGCAGCAGCUGGACCGCAGCGCCCUGUCCUUCAUCCAGACGCUGCUCCGCAAGCAGCCACAGGAGCGGGCCACAGCCGAGCAGUGUCUCAAACACCCCUGGCUUCAGAUGUCAGAGCUUCAGGAACCCCAGACGGAGGAGGAGGCCCUCCCAGUGGAGGAAAAGGAGGCAUCCAGCUCCACCAGUAGCCCUGAACCUCCCAGCGGCACCACCACGGCUGAGGAUGAGGAUGAGGAUGGGGGGAGGGUUCCGGUGGCUGAGGAGCUGAUAGUGGUGGCCGCCUACACGCUGGGUCAGUGCCGCCAGUCCUCCUCCUCAGAGAAGGAGGCGCUGGUUGCCGAGCAGAAGGCCAUCUCCAAACGCUUCAAGUUCGAGGAGCCUUUCAGUUCGCUGCAGGAGGUCCUUGGAGAGUUCAUCUACUGACCCCGCCCUCCGAUUAAACGUUAGUGCUGUCAUGGUAACAAAAAGAAACCCUCUGGUUAUACAAGUUCCCCUCCAUAUAUAUAUAUAUAUAUAUAUAUAUACAUACUGUAUGUGUAUACUAAGAUCCUUAUUUAAGCGGUUGGAUUUUAAGUGCUUUUUUUAAUACCGACCUACUCAAAAGUUUCUCCCAUAAUGCAUCACUUUGCUUGACAGCCUCCCACUCCACCUUGUGAAACAGCUGCAGUAGAUGUUUGUCUCUUGUGUUUUUCUUUUCUCUCUCAACAACUGGCCAAAUGUAAACAGGGUGACAAUAAGAUAUGUUUGUAAGUCCAACUUUCAACAAUCAAAUGGGGACGGAGGCUGAAUCUAAAUCUGCACCUUGUGGACCAGGUCUUUACAUGUGUCAGGGUGCAGGACUUCAGGUCCCAGCAGAGCCCAUGGAUGUGACCUCUCAAAGUAUCUCUAUGAACACAAGUCUCACAUGUUGUGCUAUGUAAAGCACCAAUAGACAUAACAAACGUGAACACUGAUCGUUCUUUUUUAACCUUGAUGACAAAACAAUCUUACUACAAGGUCCAUUUGGUACUUCUUCCUGAGCUUUCGAUCAUAUCACUGGAGCUUCCUCAGUUUGACCAGUUCUCAUAAAAAGAACGAGCAGCGUGAGAGAAAAAGGACUUUAAAAGUUUGAACUACAAGUUUCUGGCAAGUGUCCAGUGAGCGUCUCAGUGUGCACAUGCAGAACAGUAAGGACAUCUGGAAUGAACAAGACACAAACCCAGAGGGGCAGGACAUAGAGGGUCCACAUGUUCUUCCUCA